AUCGAUCACGCGUCAACUAGAGACUUUAUUUUAGAUUUACUGGACUUAAAGACUACUGAGGGGCUUUGGAAAUGAGCGGUCCGUUUUCAAAAUGUCUUUUUUAAGAAUCACUCGUGGAGAGAGACGUUUCCUCAGAGGACGGGAGGGUUUGUAACGCUGCAUUUAUCUCUGAUUUCACGACACGCGUUUCUAUGGCUCCGGCGGUCAGAUCGAUUAAGCGUAAGGAUGCGAUUAACUGGCCGAGGAUGUCGACAACUUUCUGGGCUGUGCUGCUGUUGACGGCGCUUCUGAUCGUGUACUGCGGGCAACUGGCAGCAGGCACCUGUGAGAUUGUCACUCUAGACAGAGACAGCAGUCAGCCACGCAGGACGAUUGCCAGACUGACGGCCCGCUGUGCAUGUAAGAAAGGACAGAUUGCUGGGACAACGAGAGCAAGGCCGGCCUGCGUGGACGCUCGUAUCGUGAAGACCAAGCAGUGGUGUGACAUGGUGCCCUGUCUAGAGGAUGAAGGCUGUGACCUGUUAGUAAAUAAAUCAGGCUGGACUUGUACACAGCCCAGCGGCAGAGUGAAAACUACAACGGUGUCCUAACAGUGCGAGGGGUUCCUGGAACGCUACGAGAUGAGGCCUCUUGCAGCUUCGCCCACCUGCUGUAGAUAUUUGCUAUGUCUCAUCGGCUUAACACCUGCCUCUGCCUGUCUGUUUGUGUCUCGGCUUUGGUAAUGGCAGCACCCCCUUGUGCCACGGAGGACAUACUGUACAUUCACAAAGCGCCUCACGGAUGGUGGUACAUUAGGAGCCUUGAGUACUUUAAGAACGCAGCACAGGACAAUGAGGCAUCUACCCUGUCUGAGACUGAACCAGACACAGGCUUUAUGGGGCUCCACCAGCAGUUCUGAUCUGAUCCGAAACUGUGAACCUAACUGCUCUGUGAAACAGCUUUCUGCUGGAGUAUGUUUUUGGCGCUCAUUUUUUACAGACCAAAGAGGAAAAAUAAUACACACAAAAAAAAAAAUGCAUUGAUUAUAUGAGUGCAGACUGAAGAAUAGACUUGAAAGGGAAAUUUUAGGCAAAGAAAUGAUAUAUAUAAACCUAAAUGUAGAGAGAGAGAUAGAUAUAGAUAUAAAAAGACUAUGCUAUACAGCAGUGGUCUACAAAUGGAAUCACUGAUGUGGAACAUUAAAACGACUGGGUCAACCAUUCCCAUUUAUCACAAUCAGAGGUGAACCUUUAGUACUUUACAGGCAUUUCCUUGAACUGAAUUAACCACUGUAUUCCAAGGAUAUCGAUACUGUACACAUAAAAACGUCAACAAAUUUAAUUUGCAUUUUUCAGUAGCAAUAUUUUGGAUGGUUUGCAUUAAGCAUGGAAGGUUAAAUGGAAGAGUACCCCAUUGCUUAUCGUCAGAAAAUAUUAAAAAGGAACAUAAAAAAUGCCAUUUCUGAUUACCAGGAGUGAAAUAUGUCAUUACAUGUAUUUUGAAAGGCCUACGAGUUAUAUAUUUAACAGUUUUAUAUGUUGUAUCUUUGUGGAGAACCUUAUUUAACAUGAAUAACGUUGUGGAAAUGAGAGAUAUAGAAUGUGGGUAAUGCUCUGCUCCAUAACGAAGGCCUGUCUUACUGUUUAUGUUCAAAUUCAAGUAGCAAUUUUCCUUUUACAUGUUCAAAAACAUGACCACAGGUACUUAAAAAGGAAGAAAAUGGACAAGACACACACACAAAUAAAUGAUUUAUUGCAGAAAAGCGAACAUUCAGUUCCAAGUAUUACACAGAGUC